AAAAGAAAAGACCUGCAAAAAUACUUCAUACUAGUGGCCGGAAACAAGAAUAAUCUGCCGUCUCCUAUUUCACGAUUUGGAUUGAAAGAUCCAGGGUAAUGAGCUAAGCACUGGCCUCAGCAAAUCGGACACGUCGGCAUCAUUGACUGCGCCCAUAUCCAUCCGCCACCCAGUUUUUUUCCGCCAAUGUUAAAAUAAUGAUUGCUCUCAAGACUACGUAGCAUGCCCUUAAAAACCCGUUCUUUACAUUCACAUGUUCUCUGCUUCGCCAGUUUCUUGUUUGAGAAAAAAUUGAAACUUUCUUCUUUUGCAGAUGUGCUGUGAAAUUUGGUGUCGGAUGCUGCUGUUUCCUUAUUGUGAUGUUCCUACUUUCCUUUUUUUUUUAAUGAUCUAAACAAUUUGGUCCAUGAGGUGAAGAAGAACAAGGAGAAUAGGAAGAUCCUGCAACAAGUUAAAUAUAUUAAAGAAGUGAGAAUAAGAAGAUGGCAAAGGGUUCGAAAUGCCAGUUCAUUUUCCUGGCUACUUUGUUAUUGGUGGAUACUAUUCAAAGUUAUUUAAUGUCUGGGACAGAUGAAAAUGGGGUGAAAACUCUUGUCUAUUUGUCACCUAAGUUUGAGCUCGGACCAGGAUCAGUGAUUAAUAAGUAUUACUAUGACAUUGAUUUCCCAAGAGGCCAUAUUGCUGUUAAGAGUUUCGAUGCUGAAGUGAUUGAUGAGGCAGGAAACUCCAUCCCACUUUAUGAAACUUAUCUCCAUCACUGGGUUGCUGUAAAUUAUUACCAACGUAGAGGUGUUGAAACGCCCAAAUACCAUAGCAGCGUUGGUUUUCAGAAGUCAAAUUACAUUUCAGCUGGGAAUAAUGGGGUCUGCGCACAAGUACUUUCCCAGUUUUUUGGCCUGGGAUCUGAGACACGAAAAACAAGCAACAAUGUACCAGAUCCUUAUGGUAUAGAAUUUGGUAACCCUGCAGUGAUACCUGCUGGUUAUGACGAGAAAUGGCUUCUCAAUGUGCAUGCAAUUGAUACACGGGGUGCAGAAAAUAGGUUAGGAUGCACCGAGUGCAGGUGUGAUCUCUAUAAUGUUACUGUGGAUGAAUAUGGCCAUAACCUGGACCCAAGUUACGUUGGAGGCUUGCGAUGUUGUUAUGAUGAGACCAGAUGCAGGUUGAAAGAAGGGUUUCAAGGUGUGAAGCGAAGCCUUUACUUGAAGUACACUGUAACAUAUGUUGAUUGGCAUAGCUCCAUUGUGCCUGUUAGAGUGUAUAUAUUUGAUGUGACAGAUAGAUGGAAAAGGUCUGAUGGAAUCAGUUCAAGACAUGACUGUCUGAUUGAGUAUGAUGUCGAGUCUUGCCCAGCUGGUGUUACAAAAGGUGGUUGCGUUCAUACUAAAAGUGUAAGCAUAAUUCUGCCUACUGGUGGCAACGUCAUCUAUGGUGUUGCACACCAGCAUACAGGAGGAGUUGGUUCAACUCUUCAUGGAGAGGAUGGAAGAGUUAUAUGCUCGUCACUUCCAAUUUAUGGAGAAGGGAAGGAACCAGGAAAUGAGGCUGGUUACAUUGUAGGGAUGUCUACGUGUUAUCCUCAACCUGGUUCUGUGAAGAUAUCCAAUGGGGAAACUCUGACUGUAAAAUCUUAUUAUAGCAGUGAACAAGGGCAUACAGGAGUCAUGGGACUUUUUUACAUAUUGGUUGCAGAUUCAGACUCGUCCGCAAAACUUAACUCUUCCCAGCAUGCUCCAGUUGGAGUAUGAAUACAUAAGAGAGUGUUGACGCCCGAUUUUAUCGUGGGUAUGGCGCUGCUAGGAAUUGCAGUUCUUGCUGCUGUUAUUGUUGCUUAUCAGAGAAGAAACCAAAGAGGGGAUAACUACGAACCAAUAACGAUGUGAGCUUGUCUAUCUUAAUUUUGAUGUCUGUUGUAUCACCAUCUUUAGAUGGUUUUAAGUUCUCUCGUCUCCUCCAUGUCCUCUUUGUUAACAGUGUAAACCACUUCGUAUACAUGUACUUUCUGUGGCAAUAAUAUGGCAAGAAUUUGUUUGGUUGUAACUGGCAGCCAUAUGUGUGUGUAAAAGCAUGGAUCUUCUUUCAGUUGUUUUAUUGAUCAAUGAGCUCUUUAACAAUA